AGCUGUUUCCGUUUCCCACUACGGAAGAAGUUUGUCUCGUAGGCGUUGUUGUUCUCCGAGGUAGUUGGAUUUACGGUAAAAGCUCGGAGCACUUUGUAGCUGUAACUGGUGACUAUCGCCAUAUUUCCCGGGAUAAACAGUCGAGCUGCGACCGGCAGACCGGAAGAGGCUAUCGAGGGCAGCUGUUAGAUUAACGCACCGCGAACAGUACAGCAUGUCAGGGUUGACAGGCAGCACAACAAACUACCUCUGGUCUUUACAAGAUGUCCUCGGUCAAGGGGCUACUGCCAGUGUCUACAAGGCACGUAACAAGAAGUCAGGUGAACUGGUAGCCGUAAAGGUGUUUAACACUGUGAGCUACAACCGCCCCCAUGAGGUCCAGAUGAGAGAGUUUGACAUGCUGAGGAAGCUCAACCACAGCAAUAUUGUACGGCUGUACACUGUGGAAGAGCUGCCCUCUAAACACAAGGUACUGGUGAUGGAGUAUUGUUCAGGAGGAAGUCUGCUCAGCCUGCUCGAGGAGCCAGAAAACGCCUUUGGCCUGCCUGAAACAGAGUUCCUCACAGUUUUGCAGUGUGUCGUACAGGGCAUGAACCACCUGCGAGAAAAUGGAGUGGUACACCGGGACAUUAAGCCAGGCAACAUCAUGCGGCAGGUUGGGGAGGACGGCAAGUCUGUUUAUAAGCUGACUGACUUUGGAGCAGCAAGAGAGCUGGAAGAUGAUGAGAAGUUUCUGUCUAUCUACGGAACUGAGGAGUAUCUGCACCCAGACAUGUAUGAACGAGCAGUGCUACGAAAGCCUCAUCAGAAAUCCUACGGAGUGAGUGUAGACCUGUGGAGUAUUGGUGUGACGUUUUACCACGCUGCCACCGGGAGUCUUCCCUUCACACCGUAUGGAGGACCCCGGAGGAACAAGCCCACCAUGUAUAAAAUAACUACAGAGAAGCCUAUGGGGGCAAUAGCAGGAAUACAGCGGGUGGCGGAUGGACCUAUAGAGUGGAGCUACAAACUACCUCACAGCUGCCAGCUCUCUCAGGGUCUGGCGGUGCAGCUGGUUCCUGUACUAGCAGGUAUACUGGAGGCUGACCAAGAGAGGUGUUGGGGUUUUGACCAGUUCUUCACAGCCACCACUGACAUACUGCAGCGGCAGCCAGUUCAUCUCUUCUCUCUGCAACAGGCCAAGGCACAUUGCAUCUACAUACACCACUACAACACGGUGUCGAUAUUCCUCGAGGAGGUGGCGUCUCAGACUGGUAUAGGAGUACAGCUGCAGCAUUUACUAUACCUGGGUCACAACCUCCCUCUGGAGGGCAACAUGAAAGUGGUCAACCUCCCAAGUACUUCACCUGCCCGGCCCCUCAUUCUGCUCAGCUACGGGGCUGAAGCAAAUACCAGCCUGCCCUUCAGAGAACUGGAGACUCCAGUCAUCCCAUCCAGGUUUGAUGUAAUGGCAGACUACAACUUCUCAAAGGUAAUAGUGGGAGUUGUCCACCAGUAUCUGAGGAUAGUACAGUUGCUGCACACACACCGAGAGCUGCUACUGCAAGGAUACUACAGCUACAUGAUGAGGUUGCGCAGGGAGUGUGGAGAAGCAAUGCACAGUAUUGCGAUGAUCACCAUUAGACUGCAGUCUUGCCUCAACACAGAACACAGGAUUUACACACUAGGCCACUACGCUUCAGAAAACCAAGGUUCAGCUGAUAACGGUCAAAAGCUGAAGCUGGUCCAUGAGCACUUGCCUAUAUACGCUGCUGGCAUCCAAGAGUUUCAGAACCGACUGGACCAUCUGCAGAUUGAACAGGCCAAGCUCGCAGAGACGCUGGCCAAUGACAAGAGCUGUCAGAAGAUGGAGAUGCUGCUGCAGAAGAUAAUGACAAUUCAUCAGCAUUAUCGUAAAGACAGACUUACCGGCAAGUUGGCAUACAAUGAUGAGCAAAUCCACAAGUUUGAGAAAAUCCACCUGUCAUCCCACAUUAAGCGAGUGAAAUCUCUCUUUAGAGAGGACUGCUUGCAGAGAUACAAAGAACUUUUGGCCUCAACAAGGACAUGGAGCAGUGUUUUACUGGAGAUGCAGACCCGACUGCAGGAUUUCAGCUCUUUCUCCACAGGCUUGUUGGCAGACCUGCAGAUGAGUGAGCAGCGCCAAAAUAAGGCUCUGGACGGGAUCCUUAUCAGUCUGCAGUCCAGUAGAGCAGGACAACAACAGCAGCCAGGAACCACAUCCAUCAACAAGGACCAGAUGGUCUCCAGGAUGCACCGUCUGAAGGAGGAAAUGGAGAUUUUGGUGAGAGAGCUACAGUGUAACAACAGCGUUAUUGAGAGCCUGGGAGCAGUGAACUCGCCAGCAGCUCUGGAGCCAAGCUUGGCCCGACCUUCUACGCUGUGACAAAAAAAAGUGCAGCAUCUUUGCAUCUUAACUCACAAAUGCACAUACACACUCUCUGACAAACACCACAUUUUUACUGCCACUCAUGAACUGUUAUGGACAAUGUACUGGAUCGUCUUUCAAGGACCGGCUGCAGCUUUUGCUGUAGGAAGAGGAAGCAGCCAAAGACAAUCAAUAAAAUGUGAAUCUCAAUUAAGAGAUAAGAUGCACAGAAUGGAGAAGGAGGAAACGCAGCUGAUGGAUUUUUAGUCAGCGUGUUUGUGUGUGCGUGUGCUUGGUGAAUGCAGCAGUUCAAUAUAAACCUCAUUAAUGCCUUUAGUGUUAUUGUAUUUCUAAUAGGCUGCCAGAGUGAUGGACAUCAAGAUAAAUCAAAAUGAAUGCAAAGUCAGCUGCUGGAGCAUUUAUCUAAGGCUGUGUUUCUUUUUUGUCCCACAGAAGAAGCAGUGCGACAUCUGGAGGAACUUAAAUGUUUACUUUAACCAGACUGACUGAAUAUCUGUGUGUCUGUCGUCUGCUGUCCUUUUCUCUAAUGCUUGAUCAUUCAAAUGGAUUCAUGUGACUUCAUUUCAAGGUUUACUUCGGGUAUAUUAUUGUCAAUUCAAUAAAGUUAUAGUAAUUGAUUACGUCAUUGGUUGUCAGCGUCUCCAAGCACACAGCACUUUUAAAGUUACAUUUCUUACUCUUCCUGUUUAUGUUUAACGUGAACAGUAAGUUAUUCCUUUUAUUAUAGGUUUCACUGUAAAAGAGAAGUAAUAUCAGGGAAACUCAGCACUUACCACUGUGUGUCCUUUUUAACAGAACUACAUAAAGCCA